UCCAUUUCACGCUCUCUUUCAUAUCCCCCACCAACGCAUAACUCUCAAGAGUGUCUCUUUUAAGUGUAAAUAUGCUGCCUUUUGCUUGAUCAUUUCCAGUGGCCUUUAAUCACCCAUGUCAACCAAAACUAUUCCAUUUGAAUUCUCAAAGUUCUGCAAACUUCAGAGCUUAGUCUCAGCAAAAGAACAAUUUUUGGGUUCUUCCUACCUAACCCAUUCGUGUACUUUCACCAUACCUUCUUCUCAUUACUUUGGUGAUACUUUGGAUGGCUGAGUAAGAGCUUACAGAUCUUAAGAAUUCAUCUCCAAUUUCCUUGGAAGUGAAAUGGGGAGGCAGCUGAUUCUCCUGCUGAUGAAAAUAUAUUUGACACUUGGUGCUAUGCAAGUUCAUGGAUCUGCAGUACCACUUCCAUCACCACCAAGGAGACUGCCGCGAAAACCGCCAACACCCAAUCCUUUCAUACCAGGCCAACUACCAUCCAGGGUACCAGACCAUGGUGUCACUGCUGCAUCAAAUCCUCUCAGUUAUGGCAGGAAAAGACAUGGCAAGCUAGUUAGUUCACCUCACAACAAAGCAUUGCCUAAUUCAUCACCUGUGAAUCACUCUCCAUCUAAAGCAACUCCUCAACAUGAUCUGGUUCGGCAUUCAAGUAUUGCACUUCCACCUUCUAUGUCAUUCUCAGGAGGUCCUGGAAAGAAAUGGGUGCAUGGUCCUGCAUCUCCCCCUUCAAUCUCAUUUCAUAAACAUUAUCAUGCAAGAAAAAAGUUCAACUCUGCUCCAGAACCAUCUUAUCUGAUACAUCCACCCACUUACAGCCAGCAAGGCCCUUCAGUCUCCCCAUUCCAAUCUCCCUAUCCUUCAUCAAUAAGCAAGGAUUUUCCUGCUCCUGCACCAUCACCAACAAUACUAUCAAGGCACGUCAACAUGCCCAUUCUUCCGCCAAAAAUUUCUCCUUUGGGUUCUACCCUAAGGAAUACAAAGACCCCACCACCCUUACCACUUCUGACUCUACCACCUCCACCUCCUAAUGAAGAUUGUACAUCUAUGACAUGCACAGAGCCUUUAACAUAUGCACCUCCAGGGGCACCCUGUGCUUGUGUGUGGCCAAUUGAAGUUAAACUCCGCCUUAGCGUUGCAAUAUACAAGUUCUUCUCUUUGGUUUCAGAGCUUGCUGAGGAAAUCGCUGCUAGUAUUUCACUAAACCGUAGCCAAGUUCGCAUUAUGGGAGCAGACGCAGCUAGUCAGCAGCUAGAGAGAACCAGUGUCCUCAUCAACCUAGUGCCUAAAGGACUGAAAUUCAAUGAUACUACUUCGUUUUCUAUUUAUGAGAAAUUCUGGCACCGGCAGGUUUCAAUCAAGGCUUCAGUUUUUGGUGCAUACGAAAUACUCUAUGUUCACUAUCCAGGUCUUCCCCCGUCUCCCCCUUCAGCACCUUCUAGCAUUUCAGCAAUAGAUGAUGGACCAUAUGCUGGCCACGAGAACAAUGGAAGGAUAAUAAAACCUCUAGGAGUUGCUGUGCCCAGGAGAAAAAAAAAUGGACUUGGUGGAAGCAUGAUUAUUGUAAUCGUACUGUCAUCUUUCACUGCCUUCAUUAUAUGUGUUGGACUCGCUUGCCUUUUGCUGUUGAAAUGUGGUUAUGGUGCUCAACGUUCUAAACAAAUUCCACAUGCUUUAAUAUCCUCGCCUAAAAAGUCAUCAGCAGGGGCAGCCAGGUCUCUGAUGUUUGGAAGCAUGCGUGGUUCUGCAUCAAUGUCUUAUAGUUCUGGCACACUAACAUAUAUAGGAACUGCUAAGACCUUCACUUUGAAUGACAUAGAGAGAGCCACCAAUAACUUUGAUCCUUCAACAAUACUUGGAGAAGGUGGAUUUGGGCUUGUUUACAGUGGCAUUUUAGAUGAUGGGAAGGAGGUGGCUGUGAAGCUUCUCAAGAGAGAUGAUCAGCAUGGCAGCCGUGAGUUCUUGGCAGAAGUUGAGAUGCUUAGCCGUCUGCACCACCGAAAUUUAGUUAAAUUGAUUGGUAUAUGCACAGAGCAUCAGGCUCGCUGCCUAGUAUAUGAACUAGUUCCAAAUGGAAGGGUCGAAUCCCACUUACAUGGUGCUGACAAGAAAAUUGAUCCGCUUGACUGGGAUGCUCGGAUGAAGAUUGCCCUUGGUGCAGCUCGGGGCUUAGCCUAUCUGCAUGAAGACUCAAACCCACGUGUUAUACAUAGAGACUUCAAGUCCAGCAACAUCCUAUUGGAAGACGAUUUUACACCUAAGGUUUCAGAUUUUGGAUUGGCUAGAACUGCAUUAGACGAGGGAAACAAACAUAUCUCGACACAUGUUAUGGGAACUUUUGGUUACUUAGCUCCGGAGUAUGCAAUGACCGGACAUCUUCUUGUGAAAAGUGACGUUUACAGCUAUGGUGUAGUACUCCUUGAGCUGCUAACAGGAAGAAAGCCUGUAGACUUGUCGCAGCCACCGGGUCAAGAAAAUCUAGUUGCUUGGGCCCGUCCACUUCUAACAAGCGAGGAGGGAUUAGAAACAAUCAUUGAUCCAGCUAUAAAGUCAAAUAUUUCAAUCAAUAGUGUAGCUAAAGCAGCAGCUAUUGCAUCUAUGUGUGUGCAACCAGAAGUGUCUCACCGCCCUUUCAUGGGUGAAGUUGUUCAGGCCUUGAAGCUAGUAUGCAAUGAGUUUGAUGAAACACAUGAUCUGGGGUCAAGAACUUGCAGUCAAGAGGAUCUUUUGAUUGAUUUAGAUAGUAAGAGUAAGAAAGUUUCAAGUGAGAUUGUGGAAAUCUCACACGCCCAUCAACCACUUUCUGGCUAUGAUUCUAGCCAUGACACCAAGAUAGCAUUAUCAGCAUCAGAUUUGUUGAGUACAUCUGUGGGACUUGAGGGUCAAGAAUUCGAGUCUUUCAGGAGACAAUCCACUUCAGGGCCUCUGAGGGUGGGGAGGAAAAGGCAGUUUUGGCAGAGAUUAAGAAGUUUGUCAGGAGGCAGCAUGAGUGAGCAUGGGGUUGCAUUGAAAUUAUGGCCAGAAUCUCAUUAGCUCCUGCUGAAGCCCCAUCGAUGUACAAUUGCAAUCUCUUCCAUACAAGAUUGGAGUUUGCUUUCAUGGACAAGAAGAGCAAGGUCUAGACUUGCAUUACAUGCUGUUGUGAAAAUAGUUGGUCUGGUCUUGAAUAAAAUGCUGACGACCAAAUGGUUGCUUUCAUGGACAAGAUCAAGGUCUAGACUUAUAUAACAUAUCCUGGCGCCCAUAUCAGCAAUGAAGUUAGGUGUGGCAGUGAAAAAUUCCAAAAUGCAAAACAAAAUUUGGAUACGUUAUUUCAACCCCAUUGAAUCUCUUGGAUGUUUGUGGAGGUCUGGUCUUGAAUAAAUCAUCCACAUCUGCUCCUUCUUGGUACAGUUCUUGGAGUUGCUUGCUGUCUUCUUUGAAACGUUAAAGCUUUAUAUAUAUAUAUAUAUAUAUAUAUAUAUAUUAGGCUCCUUUGGCCAAGGAACCAAAAAGUUUGAGGUUGUAAUAUAUAAAUUCUAUUAGAUUUCGAGCCUGUUUGGGAUUGCGUUUGAGAAUUAAGUCAAAAAAUGUUUUUUGGCAAAAGCUUCAUUUUUAAGUUCUUGUCAAAAGUAUGUUUUGGCAAUUUUUAGGUUUUUUGGACCCCUAAAAGCGCUUUCAAUUUUUUUUUACCAAACAGGUACUUUUUUUCAAACGAACUUUUUGAAUGUUAAACACACUUUUAUAUCUCUCAAAUGCACACCCAAACAUGCCUUUGUUAGCUGCUUGAUGUAGUACUUCUAGUAGUUUUGCAUAUAGAUUUUAAUUCUGCAUUAUCAAUCUUUGGAACUAUGAAGCCUAAUUGGCCACUUAAUGAAACAGAGUUUCAAAUA